UGUAACUGUAUUUGUUUUACUAUUUUAAUUCACCAUAUGUUCGUGCAUGUCGGUAGACUCAAGAAAAACACGAUUUGGGGAUAUUAUUUCUAUCUGCAGCGGUUCAACGUCCUUGGAAAACGAUCAAGGCUGGAAAGUGAACCUUCGCUCCAAGAUUGAAAAUGAUCUUUCAUAUCAAGUACAGGAGGCCCUUGCUCCUAUUGUAUCCUCACAUAAGAAAUGGGCGGCCAAGAAAAAAACAGAAAGAAGGAAGGCAUUGAAGCUACAAGUCAACUACCUUCAACAGCGAAGAUCAUUUCAACAACUUUCCGCCGAUCCAAAUGAUGCCCAGUUUAAAUACAUUGAUGUGAAUUAUAUUCCACAAGCAGAUCAGGUGUAUUCUGGUAACAGCAAAGGAAAUUUCCCUGCUUCCAUUGCAAAUUUAAGGUUGCUGAAAACUGGUGCUCGAAGUAGAGCAUAUGGGUCUGACCGUCAUACCAACAGCAUGUGUGGAGGAUUAGAUUUAAGUUUACUCGAUCAUUCCAGUUCAAACCUGUUCUCAAUAUCUAGAAGAGGAUUUCCCGGCAGCACUUUAAAGUAAUGCCAAGUGUUCAUGCUAUAAAAUAUGACA